AUGUCAAUUCGUUUGCACGAUAAUGAUAAUGAUAACGAUACUGAAGAAGAUGAUAACACUUCCGUUAUUACUACUGAUUUUGAAAUACUAAGUAACCAUAUCAAUUUUCCUCCUAUUAAUGAUAAACCAUUUAUAAUACGACUUAUCAAUAGUAUACGAUGUUAUAAUAUUCCAAUAAUAAAUUUCAUAAUUUUAUUAAUCUUAAUAACAUUUUUAAUUAAAUUAACGACAAAAUAUACUAAUCUUUAUAUGAAAAAUUCAUUGAUUACCAUAAUAAUAACUAAUUUAGUUUUAUAUGGAAUAUCAGAAACUUUAGCACAACUGAUUUUAAUUUAUCGUCAUGAUCAACCAAUAAUAAGUUUUCAAAUACAUGAACGGAUUAGAUUAGAUGAUGAUGAUGAGGAGGAAGAGGAAGAGAUGGGUGUUGGUGUUACAAGGUUGACGUAUUUUCAAUUUAAUAGAUUAGCAGGAUUUAUGUUUUGGGGAUUUAUAAUGGGAUUUAUACAAUGUUUUUGGUAUAAAUUUUUACAAAUAUAUUCUGAACAACAACAAGGAUCAAAAAAUUUUAAAUUUAUAGAAGUUUUACAAAAAGUUAUGACUGAUCAAUUUUUAUUUUCACCAAUAUCAUUAUUUUGUUUUUUCAUUUAUGGAACAAUAAUAUUAGAAGAUAAAACUUGGAAAGAUACUAUAAAAAAAUUACAACGAAUUUAUUUAAAAACUUUAAUAAUUAAUUAUAUGAUAUGGUUCCCAAUUCAAUUUUUCAAUUUUUUAAUUAUACCAAGAAAUUAUCAAGUUCCAUUUAGUUCAUCAAUUAGUGUAUUAUGGAAUUGUUAUUUAUCAAUAAGAAAUUCCACCAAUUAA